CAAUGACCUGUUACAAUAUUUGUGGUACUCCUCGUACAAACCACUCAAAACCUUCACCCCUUCGAUCCUUUUGCUGAGCGGGUACUGGAUGGCAAUCAAUCUGAAUGCUCUCCGGGAGGGACCUUUCGAGUCCUGUUUCCGCACCAAUUGCGUCCACGCACUGUCAUUGUUAGUUUUUACGCGCCUUCGUGUGGACAUUUGGGCGUUUGGGACCGGACAGCAGUACACAGCGCACCAGAGCACCGUCGUCAAGCUGGGGAAUUGCAUCGAAGGCGUCACCAUGGUCCAGUCCAAGUUCGGCAACGGAGGACGAAUGGUUCCUGUGCUAUAUUACGCGCCCCAAUCGCCACCCUGCCGGUCGGUGCUGAUGCUUGCCAGGAGAAUAGGGCUUCACCUCGAGUUGAAGCUGAUGAACGAAGAAGAGCUGACGGCUCCAGCUUUUUUGGCACUCAAUCCUCAGCACACCGUUCCGACGCUGGAUGACCGCGGACUGGUUCUGUCGGAGAGUCGCGUAAUACUUUCCUACCUGGCGUCGGCAUAUGGCAACGAAGCGGAUCUCUACCCCCGAGAUUACUGCGCACGUGCCGUUGUGGACCAGCGAUUGCAGUUCGAUUUGGGCACAUUUUAUCAACGCGUCGUCGAUUACUUCUGGCCCACGCUUCUGUUCGGUGCCAGCUUGGAACCGAUGAAGAAAGCCAAACUGGAGGAGGCACUAGGGUGGUUCGAAAGUAUGCUCAAAUACUACCAAUGGGCUGCCGGGAAUCAUUUCACGAUAGCGGACAUCUCGCUGUGCGUGAGCGUAUCUCAGAUCGAUGCUUUCGAGUUCGAUUUGGGUGCAUUUCCGAGGGUCUGUGCGUGGUUUGCCAAGUGCAAAAAGGAGCUGAUGCCGUUUGGUUACGAGGAAAUCAAUCAAGCGGGAGCGAACACUUUGGCGGGGAUGUUUCGAGCCAACAGCAAGCAGUGAAUUCCUGGAUGGGAAUGUAUUUUGAUGUGGUUGUGAUGAUUUUCGAAAGAUUCUUGGCACAGUGUUGUUUGAAAUGAUACCACACAAUGUUUUACAUGGUUAAAAUCCGCACAAACGCGAAGACUACUUGUCGCAAAGGCAAUGGAUCCUCGACAAUGAUAACCAAGUGAUUCAAUAGUACAAGUUUUUUAAACCGAUAAACUGGGAGCAUUUACUCCUUAGUCAGAAUUUUUAUCCAAAUUUCAUUCACUCAAGUUCAACAUCUACCCGAAUAAACAAUCAACAACUAUUUUUCAUUGGAAGAUAUUUCUAUACUUUAUUCUGAUAAGCGUUAUUAAAAUGAUCCUUUUGUUU